UCUUCUAACCCUAACACUUCCUCAAUCUCUCUCUCGAAUUUAUAGUCUCUCUGGAGAUUAAUAGGUCAAACACAUCAUGAGGAUCACUACCAUCAUCUACCUCAGAUCUCUUCAAGCAAAUCAAAAACUGAUUUGCUUUGAUUUGUACAGGUACAAGAGCAAUCCAAUAAAUCAUCUCAACAAAAACCAACAAAAAACGAGAGAGAGACAUGAUAAAUGAUGAAGGUAAUACACCCGUGGAGGAUAACACUCCCAAUGAUGAUAAUCAGCCUAAACUAAAGAAAUUACGAGGUCUAUCAGUGUGUAAAGAGGUACUUAAGUGGCGAAGUCAAGAGUCGAAAGUUUCUUUAAAAUGGAAUGAACAUGGCCAAUCGAUUGGAGAUAAUUGUAGGAUACUUCAAACUUAUCUUGGCCACCAUGCACGCACGAUGAUGCCUAUAGAUUUCAUCGAUUGGCCAAGUGUUUCAGAUACAGUAUUGAGUAAUCUAUGGGAUGAUAUCGAGGAGAUAUUUAUAGUUGAUGUAAAUUUUGAUCAAGCUUUUAUUUUUGAAUCUGUUGGCCAUAAAUGGAGGGAUCACAAGUUAGAUUUGAGUUCAAAUAAUACAUAUUCUUACUUAGAAAAUCCAAAGUAUGCGAAGAAAAAUCUGACUGCAUUGCUAGAGCCACGAAAAAAAUAAGAAUAUCACAAAGGAACAAUGGAAAAAAUUUGUAGCAUCCUGAAACAAUCCUGAAUUAAAUUCGGACUUCAAUAGCGCAAAUAGAGGACAAGAUACGAAAAGAGCAUUGUACAUCUGAGCCUAUUAAUCGAGCUGAACUUUGGAAGCGAUCUUGGACGAAUUCUAAAGGAGAAUUUUUAGAUGAAUCAACUAAAAGAAUUGGUGAAAAGAUUGAAAGAUGAACUUCUUCAGAAAAAAGCAAGUGGUGAACUUGUUGUGAUUAGCUCAAAUGAUGUUUUUGCUGAAGCAUUAGGUAAACCCAAGCACCUUGGUCGUAUUCGUGGUAAAGGAAUGUCUGUGUGUGAAAGAGAGGUGUUCAAAAAGCCUCCAAGGAGCACUUACGCACAACUACUAGAGGAACGAUUACAAGAUAAACAAGAAAAACAAGAAAUUAAACAUGCAUUGAAGAGUAUGGAGGUAAAAUUCAGUUCUUUAGAGGCCCAACUAAAAAUGAUAACAAGCCAAUUCUUUCAAUCUCAACCGUCUCAAGCUCAAUCGAAGAAUGCAGUUGAUCCUCAAUCUAAGAAUGCAGAUGACACUCAACCGUCUCAAGCUCAAUCGAAGAAUGCAGUUGAUCCUCAAUCUGAGUAUACGGAUGACACUCAGCCUCGGUAUGUAGAUGACAUCCAACUUGGGUAUGGAGAUAAGCAUCAACUUGAUUUAGUUGAUGAUGCUCAUAUUCACUCCAUUGACGACAUUCGUACUCUAGAUUCACAGGGUCAACCUUGCAGAUUAACUAUAGAACCAUCAUACGAAGUAGUUGCAAAGGGAUACAUUAUUAGUAUAGAUUCUGUAGAUAAAAUUCAUUGUGUACCAGUUUUCAAAUCUCUACGAGUUUGCAUAUAUGAAGUUAUUGAUGCCGAUGCAAACUUACCAAAUGCAAUGUCAGAUGAGAUUGUCAAAGUGGGAGAUGCUAUUGACACUUUUCUCUCAUGGUUUAAACAUUUAGUCUUGAAAGGAUUUGAGACCCCAUCACAACCAAAGAUUAAAAUAACAAGACGAAAGAAGAGCCAAAGUUCACCAAUAGCACCUAUAACCCAACCGCAAGGUAAAGAGACAUUACCAUCAUCAUCAUCUAGUGUCAAAACAUCAAGUCUGAGGCCCAAUGAUAUCAACAUUUCAAGUCACUUUCCAAAAAGUUUGAUUGCUUGUGCAAAAAUAUAUUUGAAGCAAAAAGGUUCUUUGACGUGCACAAUUACAGCGCUUGAGGAUGUCUUUGGAAAAUUACUGUCACCCAUUUAUCUUUAUAGGGAUGAUAUUACACAGUUUAUACAUCUUCAAGAAAUUAGUGCAUCUAUCAUCUCACUAUAUAUGAGGUUCAGGAGAAAAGUGUUGAUUAUGAUCAACUUUAUUUUUAUCCUGAUGUUAUGAAAGUUGUUGAUAAUACAAUCAAGGAUGUUUUGAAUUCUAAAGGAUAUUUUGAAGAAUAUGUUGGUUAGAGACAAAUUGAUUGUUGAUGGUGUUAAUCCAUUUAAAAAUGAGAUUGGAUGUUAUAACACUAGAGAGCAGUGUCUGAAAUUCAUACAAUGGUUAGAGCAUAAGAUCAAUAUGAAGAGCACUAAGAAGAAAUAUUCAGUUGUCGAUAAUAAGAUUGAUCCCCAAUGGAUUUUAAUUUUAUCCAGAUUGAUGAGAAAAUGUGGUUUUACACUCUCCAUGCUUAUGGGAAGCUCCUUAUUUUCAUUUCAAUGUCGCUUUCUAAUAUUUGAGAAAGAAAAUUAAACAAGAUCGAUUGUUGAACCAAAGGAUAACAACAACUAAUUUGUACAAAAAGCAAUCCAAUAAAUCAUCUCAAAACACUACCUAUGAUAUAUCAGAAUAUGUCACACACUUAAAUAUUCAAGCAAGUCAUGCUAGGCACGAGGUAUCAUUGUCGACAAGUGGCCCACUAAAAGAGUAAUUGUUACUCUCGAAGGAGGAGUGAGGGUCGAAGCUUGAUAGCUGGCUGGAAGGGGGAUGAAAUGGCAUUUCGAAGGCGGAACAAGGAUGAUGCACCUCCUGAUUACAAAAUAUGGUUAUUAUUGGGAGGGAGGAUAAUAUACAAUUUGAUUGGAGGACCAGGAACAUUUUACCUCCAGUAAAACAUCAAGGAGAUGAUCUGAAUUGCUGCUGGGCUAUCAGCACAGCUGAUUUGGUUGCUUCAACUCAUAAUGCGCUACAGAGAGAGAAAUUUAAAUCUCUCUGCACAACACCUUGUGGACUUUAGCUGGAAAAUUAAUCGUAAUAAAGGGUAUUCAGUUUGGCGUGCUCUUGAUUACGUCAGGGAUCAUGGAAUCACGACUCAAGAACUAUACCCCUUCCAAGCUAUAAGAACCAAUAUGGAUGAUGAUAGGAAAGCACCCGAGUUUCAGAGGUUGUACAAUAUCCACCAGUACUCAAUGUUCACACAUGAGAAUGAAGAAAAAAUCAUUGCAACUCUAAGGAAUCGGCCCAUGAUUAUUGGGGUAGAAUUCGAGAAACCUUUUACGUUAUUGUUGGGAGACUGGAGCAUUUACGAUCCGCCUUACGAAUAUACCUUAAACCCAGAGACCAACCAGUAUGAAAUAUACUAUCAAAAGUAUGUAUUACUUCUGGUUGGUUAUGGUACUGAAGUUAUAACUCAUCGGGUUCAAAAAAUGAUAAAUGGGCGACUGGAAGACCACGUUUAUACUGAAAACAAGCCAUACUGGAUUGUUAGGAGCUCGUUGGGAAUUGAGUGGGGAAUAGGUGGGUAUGGACGGAUUCCGAGAGAUACAUUACCAUUACAACUAGAGGUUCCAGACUUUGCACAGCCGGAAUUUGAUGCAGAAUCAGAACUACACUGCCUGAGACACAGCCAAAGGUUCAAGGAACUACACUGCCUGAGACACAGCCAAAGGUGUUUGGAACUACACAAGUUGAUUUGAAUUUGUUGAAGAGGAAUAUGUUGCUGAAGUUGAAGUUGAAAGGCAAGAGUAUGGGCCAACCGACCCUAAUACUUGGUUGGGUAGUGUGCUUGAAUUGAGAGUAGAUGAUGGGGAUGAGGAGCAAAAUGGGGUUGAAGAUGCAGAAGAUUUGAGAAGUGUUCAUAGCGAAGAAGAAGAACCAAGUGGUUACAAGUUGGAAUAUAAUCCAACUCAGAAAAUAGAAGACUUCAAGUUUGCUUUGCAAAUGAAAUUUGCAAAUAUAACACAACUUCUCUCAAAGAAUAUUUCAUUUACAUGGAUAAAGAGUAUGUUUUGCUGGCCAAUGACAAUAAGAAGUUUAGGGCCAAAUGCAAAGCAAAUGGGAGACCAUGGCUUGUUCAUGCUCAUGUCCAAGAAGAUAAGAGGACAUUUAAGGUGACAUCUAACAAGGAAACUCACAAUUGUGGAAUAGCAUUGAAUAAUAGACACAUUAGUGCCAAAUGGUUGUCCAAGUAUUUCUUAGACCAGUUUAGGAUGCACCCAAACAUGGACUUCAAGGAGAUGACACUAGACAACAAGUUCUCAAAAGUGACUGAGUCGCAAUUUUAUAGGGCUAAGAAUUAUGCUAGGGCUCAGUUAGAGGGAUCAGUAGCUCAACAAGAUGCAAUAUUGGAGGAUUAUUACAAUCAGGUGUUAGCUACAAAUCCUGGUAGCACAGCUAUGUUUGAGUCCCUAUGGCCGGUUAUGCAACAAAUUUCUCUCUUUUAGUACUCAUAAUUGUUUGUGUGCGUACAAAAGUAUCAAUUCUCUAUUAAAAAAACAAUGAUACAUGAAAAUACUAUCACUGUGUCGUUCUUAAACCAGCCUUCAUUAUAAGAGUUGCUUUGUCAAGAAGAAGAUGAAUUCGGAUUUGAUCACCCAAUGGGAGGUCUCACAAGAAUGUCUUCGAUUUACUUUCUUACUUGAGAGGAGUCACUUAUAGAUGACCAUUUGCUAACUUAAAUCUCAUUAUUACAAUUUCUCAUUUUAUGGCAAGUAAAUAUUUUUUCUUGAGAAUGAUACAAUUAAUACUAGUACAAUUACUUGUGUUGAUGUUUAAUCAGACAUUUCAUUUUUCUUAACUGUAUUUUUAUCAUAUAUCAAAGAUAGUAGUUUGAAUGAUGGUAUGUAUGACUUUAUGUGUGUUUAAACUCUUGAGUUCUUCCAUUUUUUUCAACCUCAUAUUUUCAAAACCCAAUUCAAUCAUCCUUUUGUAUAUAUUUUCUCAAUUUUCAAUGCUAACUCUAUCUAUGAUUAGACCAGGUUUAGGUUUACAGAUUAAGACAUUCCCAACAGCUCAAAAAUAUAUGAAACUAAAUAGAUGCAUAGUGUAAUCUCUUAUAGUCAACACCCAUUAGCAAUUAUAUAUCCACACUUGCAAAUUUUUUUCCAUAUCAUUUUCCUUUGCCAAGUUUUCAGUUCUUUUUCUCCACAACACAAUUAAGGGGUGCUAUUUAUUUGCUUUAUCUUAAAAUCAAACCAAAAUUUUUAUGGCAAACAUUAAUGCCAACACAGUGUACAUAUGCUUUGAUUUUAAGUUGUAUUAAUAAUUUUGUAUAAGGGUCAAGUGGAAAAAGAAAAUAAACUGGUAAAGGAGUCAUUGCAUGUAGAUAUUGAAUUUUGUUUGAGAUUGAGAGUAGUGUUGAUGAGUUGUCCUGUUGAAGAUUAGUACUGUUUAGAUUUAGACUUGGCAAUUAUACUGACCAUUUUGUGAUCCCUUUGGUUUGGGUGACUAAAAAAUAUAAGGAUUUUUUUACGGAUUGUAAUUCGUGAUGUACGGCAGCCGUCAGAUGGGGGAGUUAUUUGAUCUGACGGCUGAGAUUGAUCUAAGGGUAAUUAGGGUUAAAAAGUAGAAACGUACCCUGACACUCAUUUAAUGUAGCCUGAGACCCAUCUAAUGUACUACGGAAAUACAUUCCGUGAAAGUACAUCAAAAGACAAAAUCAUAUCCCAAAAAAUAUAAAAGCAAAAUAUUUUGUACAAAAGUUUUGGACACAUGUAUUGUUCUUGAAAUUACUCUUAAGUCCUUUUACGCAGUACAUUCUAAUUUCUAUCAUAAUAUCUUAUUGGUUAAAACUUGACUAAGGGUACAAAUGAAUUUUCACAGUCCAAAAUUCCCUAUAAAUAUAUAUAAAUGUAUUUUCUUGAAAACCCUAACACUUCCACUCUCGCAGCACAGCACUCAUAUUUACUCUGUUUCUGUUCUUCGAAUCAAACACAUGACGAGAUGAUGAUGAUGAUGAUGAUCUCCAUCAUCUGCCGCAGAUCUCUUUAACCAACUGAAAACUUAAUUUGAUUUGCUUUCUACAGGACUAUUCAUUAUGGAACCAGCACCAGACGAGGAUUAUGAUUAUUGGGAUCAUUUCGUUUAUGAUCAUGACGACGCACAAUCCAUGCCGGAAGAACCUAGUGGUGAACUUGAAAAACCUCCACCAGCAACACCGAAGCAAAAAAACACUAGGGGUAGAAGCAAACAGAUAGAUAUCACUAAAAUGAAACGCAAGGGUAAAAAGAUGACAGUUGAGUACAACAACUUCGGACAAUGCUGGGGUAAAGGAGUGACUGCUUAUGUUACUCGACUUGGGGCAUGGAUGCAACUUAACAUUCCACUUCGAGAUAUAUCGUGGCCUAAGGUGGAUGAGGAACUUAAAAAUAUAUUAUGGAAUGAAAUUAAGACUGAGUUCGAUUUGCCAGAGGAGGCAAGGAGAAAAACCAUUUUAAAAGCUAGAGACAUAUGGAGGGAUUGGAAAAAUACCCUAGCAAAAGAUAUUUACGAAUUUAAAGAUGCGGUUCCCCACCUUCUCGAGAAGCCACCAAGACUAUAUGAAGACAUAAUUGAUGAGAAAGAAUGGAAAGAGUUUGUGGCAUCGAGCUUGAGUCCAAAUUGGGCGGCGAAGAGAAAAAAGGCCCAAGAGAAUAGGGCAAAAAAUGUUUACCUCCAUAGCUCUGAACGAGGUGAUAUGAGGAUGGUGGAAGAACAAAUUGAGAAAGAGUUAGGCCACCAAUUGAACGAUAUUUAUAGAUUUGAAGUAUGGAAAAGACUUGGAAGGAAAAAGAAGGAUGAGGCCAACGAGAAAUGGUCAGAUAUGGAGAGGCGACUUUGUGAGGUAGAGGAGCAUAAUAGGCAGAUGCAAGAGCAAAUAGAUGAACUCCUUCGUUUAUUCCGUUCCUAGCAUAGCGGCGUUGUGGGUACAUCACAUGUGUUUGAUCUGGUGUUGGAGGAGCAUUGAAUGAACCAGCACGUGUUGACCUUGCCUCUGCUCCCGUAGCACAACUAUCGCGUGUUUCCAUGUCUCUGCUCCACCAGCACCACCGGUAGCUCGUUCUGACACUAUCUCUGCUCCACCACCACCACUACGUGCUGGGAAGGUUUUUGCUCCACCAGUACCACCUCCACUUAUUGGUGAUAGUUCAGAAGAGAAAUUUUCGUGUUGGAUGCAUGUUUGGCUGGAGCUCAGUGAGAUGACACCGAAAGUUGCUACGGGGUACGUUGUGAAAGUUACCUACACAACAAUUAUCGUUGGGUAUUUCUCGAACAAGUCCAUGUGGAAAAUCUUGAUCUUCCGUGUCCCGUUCAGGAAGCAUUCACAACUGUAGGUCAAGCGAUAUAAUAUUAUGUAGCAUGGCUGAAGGACUAACUUACGCCAGUUGGAAAAGACAUGGUAUUUUUUAAUUAAUUUAUUGUGUUUAUUGAUUACUAGGGAGUUCAAGAUAGAGAAAAUAGGAUCACCAUUGUUAGAUUACAAAUCUUAGUGUGUGAAUUCUAGGAGGGAUGUUAAAGAGAUUGUUUCUAUUCUCAACUUUGUUCAUCAAUAAAUUCAUUUCACUUUCUGAAUAUUGGUUUAGCUACUGUCAUUGUAAGUAUAUUCAUUGUUUCUUGAUGAGAUUUAAUCCACAACAGAUAUGUUGUGAUUUUUAA